UCGGUGGGCACCCAUAUAAAGUAGGUGUUGCUGCAUUAAGUGCUUCUCGAGAUAUCAGUAGAGCGAGAGCAGCAGAUGUGCACUGCAGCAGAUGUGGAAGAGCCCACCACUCAAAAGACAACAAAGGCAGAGCACCUACAUGAAUGAUUCAUUUCGCGCAAGGCAGCCGAAGAUAGUGAGACCUUACCACAGACUUUACCUCCUUCACAACAAACUCAGGACUGUGGGUGUUGUUGGUUCGCAAAUAUGAUCACAAGAGGAUGCUGUGUUUUUACAUUAUUGGUGAGCUACGUGCUUUCAAACCCCGUUCCUUCAGAUCAAGUGGCGAAAGAUGACAUUAAGGUGAUGAAAUGUAUCGUAGAGGUGAUCGCUGACACUCUGAGCAAGCCCCAUCCCAUCGCCGUCAGCCAGGAGUGCCAGGACUCCCUUACAGGAGAUGACCGAAUAGCCUCCAUCCUUCGCCACCAGAAUCUUCUCAAGGAGUUGCAGGAAAUUGCUGCUGAAGGUGUCAGUGAGAGAGUCCACCAGCCACCACAGAAGAAAAAUGAGGACGAUAGCGAUCAUGUGACCGACGGCCUUGGGGGUCACCCAGGCGUGGAGGACACAACAGGUGAGCAGUGGGAGCCAUCCACAGCAAAGGAGGGGGCUGCUGAUAGGGGGGACCCCGCGGAGGGGGACAACGAGGUGGAGGAGGAGAGCCGGGAGAAGAGUGGGGAGUCCCGGGAGGGCAACGAGAUUGGGGGAACCAACGAAGGGGAGGCGGCGGGGGAGGCGGAGGAGGGAGAAGAGAAGGAAACGGAUGGAGAAAACAGCCGAAAUUGCAUUUCUGACUCGGUGAACCGAGGUCAGGAAGAGGAAGAGCAGGAGGAAGAUGAAGAAAAGACGGCCCCGGCAGAGGAGGAGGAGACUCACUCCAGCUCUGGGGAGGAUGAGGGGAAGGGAAAGGAGGGGAAUGAAACGGAAGAGGACGACAGCACACAAGUAAGCAAAGAUGGGGAGACCGAGCAGCCGAAGAGCGUCCCCGAUGCAGAGUCCGACGCGAAACGAUCUGAGGAGGGGGAGGCGGAGGAGGAAGAAGAGAUGGAGGGAGAGCCAGGACAUAAAAGGCCUUUCGAGGGGGCAGAGAAAGAAGGUGAAGAGGAUGCAACGAGUGAGGUGAAGGAUGACAGGGAGAGCGAGCCGGGCUUCGAGCGGUCGAGCGAGAGAGGAGAGGAAUCGCCCCGGCAACCGUCUGGGGCCGCAGAGGAAGACGGGCGCAUGGGCGGGGAGGGAAGGAAUCCGAUGGAGGAGACACAGGGGAGCCCGCAGCUGCUGUGGUACGCCCCGCACCGCUCCGAGGAGAACAGCCCGGAGGAGGCGCAGGAGCUCCACGUGGAGGAGAAGAGGGAGGAGGAGGGCAGCGGCAGCCACAGGGGACCAUGAGAUCGAGCGCCUAGCGGCCAUUGAGUCCGAGCUGGAGAGCGUGGCCCAGAGGCUUCAUGAGCUGAGGAGAGGCUGAGCUGAGUUUAUCACCCUCCUUCUCCUCGGGUUUUUUAACAGAUGCGUGUGAGUGGCAGACAUCUUGCUCUGUCUGUUCAGGAGCUGUCUCCAAAAAAAAAAAAAAAAGAAGUGCUGGUUUCUGGUACUGUUCCGAGCCACCUGUCAGCUCUGUGCACCUUGACCCCUCCGAAACUCACACCUUUCCCCUCUUUCUCCCUCAUUCCUCUAGGCCUUCCCUCUUCUUUCUCCCUCUGAAACCUCUAUGAGAAAAUAUUAUAUUGCCUGCUCCUAUAAUGAUUUUGCACUGUACAAACAUGAGUAUAAUGCCAAGGACAGUAAUAGUAAUUAUAAUUAUUAAGGUUAUACCUAUCAUUUUAAGGUUUUCUGCAGUCAAGGGCUGCCAUUGUAUAUGAAAGCAGGAUUUAUGUGUAAACAAGUAUACUUUUCUCUUAGGAUAUUGUACUAGAUUACAUCUUAUUACUUAUGACCCCUCUUGACAACUGCAAUAACUUUACUCAUUUUUAAUAGUUGAAUGAUUUGACCAUAAUUAAUUUAUCUAAGAAAACCAAUAAAUUGGUUGAUAAUAUCUUAAAAUCA